UAUAUCUAUUUUUGUUUCUUUCUUCAUAGUUAAGUUCAUUAUAGGUAAGAAUUCACAGUAUGGAUCCGUUUAAUUCAAACGAGAAUCCAUUCAAUGAUGACUCUCCAAUGCUUCCUGGAGCUGCAUUCACUAGUGAUAAAGCAUCACCUAAACGAUUUCAACCAUUACAGAGAAGAGAUUCUGAUGAAGAAGAAUUUACCGCUUUCCCCCCAACACCUCAACAAAGACACUCUCCCAAUAUUUUUACAAGAAGUACUGCUAGAGCUCAAGUAGGUGGAAGAAAUACUUUAGGAAAUACUCCUCAUUUACAAUAUGAAUCUGGGACUACUCCAAGAGCACAAUUCACAUCAAGAGAAUCACCAACUAGACAACGUCAAACUGAAAUUACAAUCAUGGAUGAUGACAACUUAAGCAUUCGAGGAUCUCCUAGAUCCCAAUUCGGAGGUAGUAAUAUUUCUAGCGAAAGAUUCUUAGCUCCACCACAACCUAUUUUCUCACCAGAAACGUUUGCCGAAGCAAAUGUUCAUGAAGAUGAUCAAGCAACUAUUGGAGAAGACAAUAACGAAUUUGAAUACAAGGAGAAACAGUUUGAAGAAAGAUCAAUUUUCUCAGAAGCAACUGCUUAUUCUGGAUCUUCUUAUGUUUCUAAUGAUCCUCAUACUGAAAGUGAAUAUUUUGGUGCUUCAAUUGAUGGAAAUCUUAUGAACAAUAUCAACAAUGGAUUUAUUCCAAAUAGACAAAAGACUAUUACAAAGAGAAAGGUUAGGUUAGUGGGUGGUAAAACAGGGAAUUUGGUUUUAGAAAAUCCAAUUCCAAUAGAGUUAAAGAAAGUCAUUGCUAGAACUGAAUCACCAUUCGGAGAAUUCACAAAUAUGACUUAUACUGCAUGUACUUCAGAACCAGAUGAUUUCGUAGCUGAUGGGUUUACCUUAAGAGCCGCUAAGUAUGGAAGAGAAACUGAAUUAGUUGUAUGUAUCACAAUGUAUAAUGAAGAUGAAUUUGCUUUUGCUAGAACAAUGCAUGGUGUUAUGAAAAAUGUUGCACAUUUAUGUUCAAGAACAAAAUCAAAAGUUUGGGGAAAAGAUAGUUGGAAGAAAAUUCAAGUUAUUAUAGUUGCAGAUGGAAGAAAUAAAGUUAAUGAAUCAGUUUUACAAUUAUUAACCGCUACCGGUUGUUAUCAAGAUAAUUUAGCAAGACCUUAUGUUAACAAUAAGAGUGUCCAUGCUCAUAUUUUUGAGUACACAACACAAAUCUCUAUUGACGAAAAUCUUAAAUUUAAAGGUGAUGAAAAGAAUUUGGCCCCAGUUCAAGUUUUAUUCUGUCUUAAGGAAAGAAAUCAAAAGAAAAUUAACUCUCAUAGAUGGUUAUUCAAUGCCUUCUGUCCUGUUUUGGAUCCUAAUGUUAUAGUUUUAUUGGAUGUUGGUACCAAACCUGAUAAUCAUGCUAUAUAUAAUUUGUGGAAAGCUUUUGAUCGUGAUUCUAAUGUUGCCGGUGCAGCUGGUGAAAUCAAAGCUAUGAAGGGUAAGGGAUGGAUAAAUCUUACCAAUCCAUUAGUGGCUUCCCAGAAUUUUGAGUAUAAGAUGUCCAAUAUUCUUGAUAAACCCUUAGAAUCAUUAUUCGGUUAUAUCUCGGUCUUGCCAGGAGCUUUAUCAGCAUAUCGUUAUAUAGCAUUGAAAAAUCAUGAGGAUGGAACUGGUCCUUUAGCUGCAUAUUUCAAAGGUGAAGAUUUAUUGAAUGACCAUCAUAAAGAAAAUGAAAAUAAUAAAACCAACUUCUUUGAGGCUAAUAUGUAUCUUGCGGAAGAUCGUAUUUUAUGUUGGGAAUUAGUUGCUAAGAGGAGUGAUAACUGGGUCUUAAAAUUUGUCAAGCUGGCCACUGGUGAAACAGAUGUUCCUGAAAGUAUUCCUGAAUUUCUUUCUCAAAGAAGACGUUGGAUUAAUGGUGCUUUCUUUGCCGCCAUGUAUUCUUUGCGUCAUUCCAAUAGAAUUUGGGCAACAGAUCAUUCUUUUGCUAGAAAAUUUUGGUUUCAUGUCGAGUUUGCUUAUCAAUUCAUAUCAUUGAUUUUCUCAUUCUUUUCCUUGAGUAAUUUCUAUUUAACAUUUUAUUUCCUUACUGGAUCUUUAAUCGAUAACAAACAUAUUGGUCACAAUGGUGGUUUCUGGAUCUUUACGUUGUUUAAUUAUCUUUGUAUUUGUGUUUUAACUUCAUUAUUCAUUGUUUCUAUUGGUAAUAGACCUCAAGCCUCCAAGAAUGUUUUCAAGACUUUAAUUAUUCUAUUAACAAUAUGUGCAUUAUAUGCUUUGGUUGUGGGUUUCUAUUUUGUUUUUAAUACUAUUUAUGAAUUCGGUAUGGGAGAUUCAUCAACAUAUGUUCUCAUAAGUAUUGUUGUAUCAUUAUUAUCAACUUAUGGUCUUUAUACACUCAUGUCGAUUUUAUAUUUGGAUCCAUGGCAUAUGCUUACUUGUUCAGUACAAUAUUUCUUAAUGAUACCUUCAUAUACUUGUACUUUACAAAUCUUUGCAUUUUGUAAUACUCAUGAUGUUUCCUGGGGUACCAAAGGAGAUAACAAUCCAAAAGAAGAUAAAACCAAUCAAUAUAUUAUUGAAAAAAAUGAUAAUGGUGAGUUUGAAGCCACUGUUGUUGAUGUGAAUGUAGAUGAAGUAUAUUUGGAAACAUUGUACAACAUUAGAGCCAGAAGAUCAAACAGAAAGGUAUUAUCUACUCAUGCUCCAAAGCCAAAUAUUGAUGGGGAAGAUUAUGCUAAGGAUGUUAGAACUAAAGUUGUCUUAACUUGGAUGGUAUCCAACUUAGUAUUCAUCAUGACAAUGCUUCAAGUAUAUGAUCCUGGUGAAACCAAAAGAAAUGCUUACUUAGCCUUUAUCUUAUGGACAGUUGCUAUUUUAGCUAUGUUCAGAGCUGCAGGUUCCUUGGGAUAUCUUAUCCAAAAUUCAGCCAGAUUCUUUGUUGAAUCUAUAAGCAAAUAUAAAAACAAAAAACAGGGUUAUCUCUCUGCUGGUCAUAAUCCUUUAAACUAAUUAUUUAUAUACUGAUACCUUUUUUUAUAAAUAGAGUAGACAAUACAGAAUAGUCAAACUUUUUU